AUGCACGGACCAUAUGGUGCUCUCAACCCCAAAAAUGUGUGCAUGCAACAGAACGAGUGCAAGUGCAGAUACCCGCGGUCGUUCAAUGAAAACAUGGCACAGGGCAAGGACUCAUACCCAGCUUAUCGUCGUCGAGAUAAUGGUCGGCAGGCUGAGGUCCGGGGUAAAAUGUUGGACGACAUUUGGGUUGUGCCUUAUAACCCUUACCUUCUGCGGAUGUUCAAUCGCCACAUCAACGUUGAUGUUUGCUCCAGUAUAAAGGCUGUGAAAUACCUUUACAAGUACAUAUACAAGGGCCAUGAUAGGGCUUCUUUCAGCAUUGACCAGCCCGACGCCAAUGGUAACAUUCAUGAGAUCAAAAGAUACGUAGACGCAAGGUGGGUUACUCCUCCGGAGGCGAUGUGGAGGAUAUUUGGUUUUCCCUUGUGUGCCAACUCCCCGUCUGUCCUACAGUUGCCUCUUCAUCUCCCGAAUAUGCACAGGGUGGCAUUCAAUGAGCAAGCUCACUUGACCGACGUCGUCGCCUCUGAGAAUGCUUCCAAAUCCAUGUUGACAGAGUAUUUCAAGGCUAACCAGAUCUACCCGUGGGCUAGGAGUAUAUUGUACAAGGAUUUUCCUGGAAGCUUCACAUGGCAUAAGGGUAAGAAGUAUUGGAGGCCCCGGGUGGAGCAUUAUCAAAUAGGUCGAAUUGUGUCUGCCAAUCCUGCCGAGGGGGAGCGAUACUAUCUGCGUGUGCUGCUAAACCACGUUGAUGGCAAGACAUCCUAUGAGGGCCUGCUCACCGUGGAUGGUAGGCUAUGUGGGAGCUUUAGAGAGGCUGCCGAAAGGUUGGGACUCAUCGAGGCAGAUAACACGCUCGACGACUGUCUUACCGAGGCAGAGCAGUGGGUGAUGCCAUGUUCGCUCGGGAGGCUCUUCGCAACAAUUUUGGUGCAUUGUGAGCCAGGCGACAUGCAUGGUUUAUGGGAUAGGCACUUCGAGCCUAUGUCUGAUGCCUAUCGCCAAUCACACAUGUGCCCGAUUGAGGUGGAGCAGAUGAUCACGCAUAGUAUACUAUAUCUCUAUUCCUAA